AUGAUCCAAGAAGGGCAUGAUGAGUCCUAUGCCCUUCUGCCUGCUUAUUGUGAGCUGCUGAAACAGAGAAAUCCUAACUCUGUUGCAUUUUGUACUUGGGCAAGGCUGGAAUCACCACAACCUACCCUACAGUUCAGAUCUAUUUUCAUAAGUUUUGAAGCACAAUUUAAGGGUUUGAUCAAUGGCUGCAGAGGGUUAAUUGGUGUAGAUGGCACCCACCUCAAGGGUAAUUAUGGAGGGGUGUUAUUGGAAGCUGUGUGCCUAGAUGGUAAUAAUGAAAUCUUCCCAGUAGUUGUAGCUGUGGUGGACUAUGAGAAUAAAUCAAGUUGGACUUGGUUUUUUCAUCACUUGAAGCAAAUUGUAACAUCUACAGGAAGACAAGAUUGGACCAUAAUUUCAGACAGACAAAAGGGAGUUGAUCCAUCCUUGGAUAAGGUAUGGCCAAAAAUCCAAAGAAGGUAUUGUGCAAGACACUUGUGCAAAAACUUCAAGUUUGAAUACCCUGGUUUGCUUAUGCACAAGCUUUUUUGGGCAGUCACAAAUGCAACCUCUAUGUUCAGCUUCAAGAAAGCUUUACAAAAACUGCAAGAACAUGCUGGAUUAGGGGCCAUUCAGUGGUUUAAGGACUUAGGACCCCUAGACAAGUGGACAAAGUGGAGGUUUGACCCCACUGUGAGGAGUGAUGAAAACACAAACAACUUUGUUGAAAGCUUUAACAGCACCAUAAGCACAGAGAGAUGUAUGCUUGUGUUAACUCUACUUGAAGGUGUAAGAAGAAUUGCCAUGGUUAGACAUGCAACCAGACAACAUAUAGCUGAACAGUGGAAAGAUGAUGAAAUAUGUCCAAAUAUCACUGAGAGGCUAAGAGUGCUUACCAAAGAGUCCAGGACAUUUACAGCCUUCAGUUCUGGCAGAGGUGAAUUUGAAGUGCAUGUUGGAAGGAGUAUGAUACCUGUGUCUAUUAGCAACAAGGAAUGUGCCUGUAGGAAGUGGCAAAUAUUAGGUAUCCCUUGUAAGCAUGGCAUCAGGGCCAUAUUACAUGAUGGAAAACAACCAGCCUUGUAUGUCAGUGACUGGUUUUUUGUUGCUAGAUACAAGCAGGCAUACAGUGGGAACAUUUCAGCCAUUCCUGACCCUGACUGCUAA